CUGAAAUUCCUUGUCUCGGGAUGAUUAAUUUGGAGAUAACAUCAACGGUGGUUGGACUUGUGCACCUUGCUGCAGUAGGGGGGACAAACCAGGUGGCCUCGACAAGUUGCUGUUAUAACCAUGCUCCCAACUUGCCAGUUUUUUCAGGUUUCAUCCAAGCCAUAGGCAAACUUUUUCGCUCCCCACUCGAUUUUCUUGCUGGAAAAUCCUGCAGUUCAAUUUGUGGAUCAACAUGGGAUUUAAUCUGUUACAUCGAGAAUUUUUGUGUUGCCAAUAUACUGAAAUUGAUCAUGGUACUGGUUUUAUCCUAUAUCGUUCUCUUAUACCUUUAUCUGCUAUACAAAGUGGGUAUUUGCCAAUGCAUUGCUCAUGGUCUGUGUAGAAUGGUAUGGGGAUGCAUUUCAUGCUGGUUCUCAUCUUGGGAAUUUUGUUGCACUUUCCUCUGCCAUAAGCUUCGAAACAUCAAGCGAAUCGAUCGACGAAGACGACGACCAAGGCGAAGAAAAAGAGUAACCGAUCCAAGCGAAGACGAUGAAAGCUUUUCAUAUGGCAGUUCUAGACCAAUGGAGGUAAGCAAUCAUUCAGUAUCAGGUAGAUUAAGAAAUUAUAAAGGAGUUCACUUAAGAAGGUCUUUAAGGCCUAGAAAUCAUAGGAUUAAUGUAGGGAUUAGUAGAGAUGCUCUUUAUAAAAGGAAACCCAUUAAGCAUAUCAACACAGUUCAUGACAUUAGGGUCACACAUACAUCAAAAUUUGCACAUAAAGGUUCAAGUUAUAAGGGAAGGCCUCAUCAUAGCAGGAGAUCAUUGUAAAAAAAUACCUUCACUUAUUUUACCCAGACUCUUAUGUUCAAAACAUAUUCGAGUUUGGAUUACUAAAAGAUUAAUAAUAUAGGGAGUUACAAAAAUGUGCAAGUGAAUCCCUCCA